AUGUUAGCGCUUUUUCUCUUCAGUGCCACAUGGUUCACGCUCGCCUCUGCAACGCUCCAUAUUGUACAGAAUGAGACAUCAAUCACACUUGAGAACAAUCGCCUAACAGCAGUUCUUGACAGAACUGCUGGCCAAAUUGUGGAUUUGACCCUCGAUGGAAAGGACUUGCUGGGUCCAAAAUCGGGGUCCACGGGAGUCGGGCCGUAUCUUGAUUGCUACUGCAUCCCUUCUGGAUUUUACACAGCCGGUUCAACAGCCCCUAUUACGAAGGCUGUGGAAGGAGUUGACUCAACAGGGACUAAAUAUGGAGGUCUGAUCUUAACAGAUACAUACACACCCACUGGUCAACAAUUCCAACAGUAUUGGUUUCUUCGUGAGGGAGAAACAGGCUUGCAUAUGUUUAGUCGGCUUUCCUAUUAUAACGAAAGCACGCCGUAUCUUCGCAAUCUGCAGGAGUUUCGAACACUAUUUCGCCCAAAUACCAAUCUCUGGACACAUCUCACAUCGAGCGAGGUUCAGACUGCGCCGUUACCCAGCAAAGAUGCAAUCUCCAACGAAAUUGUAGUUCAGGAUGCGACUUGGACAUUCAACAAUACGCCCUCCGAUCCCUACUACACGCAGUUCUCGGAUUACUUCACCAAAUACACAUUUUCCAACCAUUGGAGAAACAACAGCGUCCACGGUCUUUACGCUGAUGGUUCUACAUCUAACGGAAUCACAUACGGAGCAUGGCUUGUAAUGAAUACCAAGGAUACAUACUACGGGGGCCCCAUUCACUCGGAUUUAACUGUUGACGGAAUUGUCUAUAACUAUCUCGUCUCCAACCAUCACGGAGAAGGGACUCCAAAUAUCACCAAUGGCUUUGAUCGGACAUUUGGACCCCAAUAUUAUCUCUUCAAUGGAGGCAAAGACUCCACCUCUCUUGAAAAGCUCCGGGCAGAGGCAGAGGCUUUGGCAAGUCCACAAUGGAAUGCUGCGUUUUAUGAUUCGAUUGCAAAGCACGUUGUUGGAUACAUUCCUUCCGGAAGAAGAGGCAGCUUGAAAGGGAAGGUGACGCUUCCGAAAUCUGCGGCUCGUCCUAUUGCCGUUCUCACAGCCAAUGGAUAUUACUUUCAAGACAACAGUGCUGCUCCGAGCGCAUAUCAAUACUGGGCCGACGUCACAUCCGAUGGAAGCUUUAAUAUAGACCGAAUCAAGGAAGGAAGCUAUCGAUUGACCAUUUAUGCGGAGGGAAUCUUCGGCGAUUUUGUGAAGGAGGAUAUCACGGUACGUGCUGGAAGGAAGACCACAGUCCGAGACACCUGGAAGCAAGAGUCUGCAGGCAAGGAAGUUUGGCGAUUGGGCAUCCCCGAUAAGUCAUCGGGUGAAUUCCGACACGGGCAGAAGAGAGACUCAACACAUCCGCUAAGCCCACCGGAAUAUCUCAUCUAUUGGGGAGCGUACGAUUGGACGGCCGACUUUCCUCAGGGCAUCAAUUAUACCAUUGGAUCCAGUGACCCGGCCAUGGACUUCAACACCGUGCACUGGUCUGUUUUUGGUCCCACUCCAUCUAAUUCACAUGUCGAGUACGAUUCGACCAAUGAUUGGACCAUCAACUUCUCCAUGAAUAAGAAACAAUUGCACCAAAAGAAAACGGCCACACUUACCGUUCAACUGGCCGGUGCAAAGACGGCUGCAGGCAACACUGAUGUCUACAACGCCAGUGAACCGUACACCAAUUUAUCUCUCGAGAGCUUCAUAAACGAAGGCAACGAUCCUCUGGUCAUGACAAUUGGUUUCAACCAGUCUAGUAGCUGCAUUGUCCGAUCUGCUGUGAGUUGCUAUCAAAUCAGUUCUCGGAUGACAUUCCCAGCAUCAUGGCUACAUGAGGGCAAGAAUGUCUUGCGACUUCAUUUGCCUUAUAACGCUACCGAUACCGAGACUGCAAUCCUUCCUGGUACUGUCUACGUACAGUAUGAUGCAUUGAGGCUCGAGGUGGACUGA